ACUGCUAGGGAGAAAUGUGACCUGGAACACAUUGGCUGGGUACAAAAUAACUGGCUUACGUUUAGCCAAACCAAGUGAACAGACGUUUGCCUAUACCGGUUUAUGCGCUACACGUUAAACCGAAUGACCACUUCGGGAACCAGUCAAGUAUAACGUGGACGUUAUUGUCGCUCGCUGUCGCUGAGAGGUAUAGUACGGAGGCGUUAUUUACCUAUCUUUCAGAUUUCGACAAGUACGUCUUGGCUCUGACAACAGAUAUGAUUCGCGUGGCUGUGAUAGGAGCUGGUGCUAGUGGGUUGUGUGCUCUACGACACCUCUUUGCCAAACCAGCCACGUUUGAUCCCAUCUGUUUUGAACAGAGUAGUCGUGUUGGAGGAACGUGGGUUUAUACAGAUAAGACUGGUACUGACCAGUAUGGGAUGCCGAUAUUUUCUAGCAUGUAUCAAGAGUUGUUAACCAAUCUUCCAAAAGAAUCCAUGGCCUUUCCAGGUUUUCCAUUUGACAAGAAGCUGCCAUCUUUUAUCAAGAGCCAAGAUGUCUUGAAGUAUUUGGAAGACUAUGCUGAUCACUAUGAUGUCAUUAAAAAAAUUAAGUUUUAUCAGUAUGUGCAGAAAGUACAGCCCAUUGAUCAAGAGAAGGUCAAGGUCAAAUGGGAGGUCACAUAUAAUGAUGUCCGAGACACGUCACAGGUCUCUACAGAAAUAUUUGAUGGUGUUAUUGUUUGCAAUGGCCACUAUUCUGUUCCUCUAAUUCCACAAAUACAGGGAAUGGAUAUUUUUAAAGGGCAGAUAAUCCACAGUCAUAAUUACAGAGAGCCAUCUCCAUUCGAAAAUCAAAGAGUUGUCUGUCUUGGAGCAUCAUCGUCCGGUGUUGACAUAGCUAUUCUGUUAAGCAAAGUAGCCAAUAAGGUUUAUCUCAGUCACAACCAAGAUACCCUCAUGUCACAGUUUCCAGAAAAUGUUGAAGUUAAGGCAGGAAUCAAGUGUCUGAAGGAAAAUUCGGUCGUGUUCCUAGGAGGCGAAGAAGAAGAAGAAAUUGACAGUCUCAUUCUAUGUACAGGCUACAGAUUUGUCUUCCCAUUCCUCUCUGAAGACUGCAAACUGGACAUAACAGACGAGAGAGUUACACUAUUAUACAAGCACAUGAUUCACACACAGUUCCCCUCUUUAUCCUUUAUAGGGGUCUGCAAACUGAUUUGCCCCUUCCCCUUCUUCCACAUGCAGGUUCAGCUAGCAUUGGCAGUGCUUGACGGGUCAGUGGAAUUACCAUCUAAAGAAGACAUGGAUAAGGAUAUUGAGGCUGAUUUCAGAAAGAGGCUAGAGCAGGGUUUGCCAUGGAGACACGCUCACCACAUGAAAGAGAAGCAAUGGGGUUACAUUGAUGAGCUGGCAGCCAUUGUUAAGUGUGAUCCUAUUCCAAAAAGUGUGAGCGAUCUCUAUAACCAUGUGUUCUUGGUCAGAUCGUCAAAUUUCUUGAAUUACAAAAAGAAAAAUUAUGUACUAACUGGUCCAGAAACAUUUGAAGAAGUCCAAUGAAUUCCAUAUUUGUCCUUCAUUUGAUCUUAUGGUGUGCAAGAGCUCACUAAAAUGCAAUAUACCUCAACUAUUUGUAUUUAUACUGAAACAUAUCAAACAGAUUACAAUAUCUAGUCCUUG